CGAGGAGGACCCAAGUCAACCCCUACUUUUGCGCGCUCACUGGUUCACUCGGCUGGAAUGGUCAUAACAAGCGCCAAAAGGCGAUCACAACCUACCGAAGCACGUAACUGAAUGACAUUGAUAAUCAUGCUCCAUCAUAUGGACCCAUCCGUUGUGGCUCCAACUGAUAUCGCCACGGUCCACUCUGAUCAGAUUUCAACGCUGCAGUGCUCAUCGCUAAAUGCCUGCUGUUCAACCUCCUGCUGUUGUUCUCGUUACCGGGGCGUCCGGGUUCAUUGCUGCUUGGAUAAUCCAAAGGCUACUUGAGGCAAGGUUCAACGUCGUAGGGACCGUCCGGUCCCACGAUAAGGGGAAAUUCUUGCAAGAACUGUACAAGGGGUUUGGUGAUAAGUUCACGUAUGCUAUUAUCGAAGACAUCGCGAAGAAUGGUGCUUUUGACGAGGCUGUGAAAAAUGUCGAUGUGGUUGUUCAUACCGCGUCGCCCAUUCAUUUUUCAGCCAAGUCCCCAGACGAGUACAACGUACCUGCCAUCCGAGGAACAGUUGGUGUCCUCGAGAGCGUUGCGAACAAUGGGGCAAAGGUCAAGCGUGUGAUCAUUACGUCCUCCGUAUCUUCCGUGCUCCACCCAGCCCCGGAUGGAUAUGCUUAUACCGAAGAUGACUGGAACGAUCAUGAUGUCAAACAGGUCGAAGAAAAGGGCGACAAAGCUUCGCCUGUCAGCAUGUAUAACGCCAGCAAAGUGCUCGCUGAGCGUGCCGCUUGGAAGUUCAUUGAAGGGAACAAGGACAAAAUUGCCUUCGAUUUGGUAACGAUCAUGCCCUCCUUUGUGUUGGGACCUACCAUACAUCAAGUCAAAGACGCAUCUUCCCUCAAUACAUCGAUCUCGCUCUUCAGGAAGUAUAUCAUCGCAAACGCGUUGCCAGCACCCCCUUCAAAAGAAUCCCUCCUCACUUCCCCAGGAGGAUACGUUGACGUUCGGGACGUCGCCGAGGCUCAUGUUCAAAGCAUCCUCCGUGACCAGGCAGGUGAUCAGCGUUUCAUUACCAGCGCGGGCUCUUUCCACUGGCAAGAAUUCCUGAACCACCUCAUAGGCACACCACUCGAAGAUGCGGUGAACAAAGGUUACCCCUCUGAACCUUCCCUUACUCCUAAUCCCCCGUAUUCCAAUGGAGAGAAAGCCACAAAGAUUCUUGGCAUCCAGUACAUUGACAAGAAACAGGUUGCACACGAUACAACUUCUAGCCUGAUUCAGCGAUUCCCAGUGCAGGCUACAAAACCUGCCGAGAGCAGUACGAGGACUGGUGAGAGUAGUUAACAACUGAAAGACUUGAAGUAUAAUUACUCAACAAAAGCGCUAUAAAAUGAAAGAGUCACCUAUGCAUCUUUCCAUCGCUUCUCGACUGUAGGCUCCUUCUGUACAUUUAGCUGGCGAAGGUUGUGUACUCCAAAUCAAUGGAGGAAUUAAUCUCCCUUACUUGCAUACCCAAGUAUGCGCCUGUCCAUG